CUCUCUCUCUCUCUCUCUCUCUCUCUCUCCCUCUCUUCCUCCUCUGCUCUGCUCCUCUCCAUGUGCUCUCGCUUGCUGCCGUCCGUCUCGCUCCGGUCGCUCCUCUGCCCGUCUCAGUCUCCCGCUCUCGCCGCGUGUCCGUCUCAGGUUUGCAGUGCAAAUAGUGCGCGGGGCUGCGCUGGCCACACGCGCGCGUCUCCCCCUCCUCCUCCCGCUCCUCCUGCUCCUCCUGCUCGUCGGCUUUGUUUGUUUUCAAACUGCCACCUGUAUUCCCCGCGCCCUCACAGAUGAGUGGCGCUCCUCCGCAGAGCUGCUCUCCUUUCAGUUGACUGAUCGCCAACUACUCAUCGCCGUCUCCUGACAUACUUUUUUUUUAAUCGUCUUCUCCUUCCCUUCAAAGGCAGGCUUUUGUUGGACUGAAGCCACGCACUUGAAGAAGUGAGGGGCGAAGAUGAGGAAGGAGUGAACGUGGCGAGCACAGGACUUGUGGGGUGCUGGAGGGAUGUGAACAAGACUGAAACAAGAGGACAAACUACAGCCCCACUAAAGUGCCUACGCUGAGAGCAGCAGCAGCAGCAGCAGCAGCAGCAGAGGCAUUCCUGGCUUCCAUGUGGGUCUACCUGCUUGGAUAAAUCUCCCCCCUGCUGGCUUGUGUGAGUCUUUCUAUGUGUGUGUGUGUGUGAGUGUGUGUGCGUGCGUGUGUGUGUCGUGUGCGCGUGUGUGCGUGUGUGUAUGUUUGUUGAGGGCUUGGCCUUGACUAGGAUUAUAUUUCACCCUGACAGGCAGACAGUUUCUCCAUCUCUGCUCCCUCUCCUCCUGCUGCUAUUCCACCCCAUUAGAUCAAGGACACAGGUCCAUUAGUUGUCCUUUUAAAGACCUUGCCUUAUCCUGACGUCCAGUUACAGUGUCCCCCCAACCCGCCCCACCCUACCCACUCCCUUCUAUUCUCAGACAUGUUAGCAUAAGUGGCUAGCAGCACUAGCGCUUGCUUUGCUUUGGCGAUGGGUCAUUUGGCCGCUUGAGAGGAACCUGCGUAGUUUUCUUCGGGCCGGACGCAAACGAGGCAGGGAGUGGCGAGAAGGUGACCCGCCACCCCACAGGCGAGCGGAAGGACGCACUCUUUCGGAGCCCUGCGGAGCCUGCCUGCAGAGGGGCCGCGGCCGGACACGCCCCAGCAUGCCACGCUGUCCUGCCUGACCUUGGCACCUCGUUCCUGAGACAGAGCUGGACUCUGCAGACACCCCCCCCACACACACUUAACCACCACACCUGCAAGGACAUCCAUAAAGCAUUUCUGUCCAAAGCCCCACCUCUUCACCUUUGUUAAAUCCUGCUGGACUUCAGUAUACUCUCAGCUAUUCACAAACUGAGCACUAGUCAGUGUUGUUUCUGUUUUUGUUUAUUUUCUCAAAGUGAUUUGUUUGCCUCACCUGCCUGCUUUAACACCAGGACAUUGGGAGUUGCUGUGCUAGGUAUCAGCUAAGCUAACUUGCCAUCAUUUCACUGAGGCGCUGUAGGGUGUUUCCUUCUCCGUUGUUGCUGUGUGCUCUGUUUGUCGCCGUGCCCUCCAUUGCCGCUGGGUGCCCCACCCCGACCCCCCGACCCCACCCCUGCUGGCAUCUGCCAUCACCCCCUCAUCAUGGCCGUCAACGUGGCGGUGGGCCGCGAUGCCAAGUGGCUGACGCUGGAGGUGUGCCGCGAGUACCAGAGAGGCACCUGCUCCCGCUCAGACGCUGAGUGCAAGUUCGCCCACCCCUCUCGCAGCUGCCACGUGGAGAAUGGCCGCGUCAUCGCUUGCUUCGACUCGCUCAAGGGCCGCUGCACACGUGAUAACUGCAAGUACCUGCACCCCCCGCCGCACCUGAAGACCCAGCUGGAGAUUAACGGCAGAAACAACCUGAUCCAGCAGAAGACGGCCGCGGCCAUGUUGGCUCAGCAGAUGCAGUUCAUGCUGCCAGGAGCCCAGCUGCAGCCUAUAACCUCGUUCCCAGUGUCCCCCUCUCUGGCCAGCAACCCCGGCAUGGCGUUUGGCCCGUACCUGAGCCACAUGAGCCCCGGCAUGGGGCUGAUGCCCGAGCUGCUGCCCAGCGCCCCCGUGCUGGUCCCGGGGAGCCCCACGGGAAUCGCCAUGGGGAACGGAAACUCGGCGCAGAAGCCGACGCGCACAGACAAGCUGGAGGUGUGCCGUGAGUUCCAGCGGGGUAACUGCACCCGGGGCGAGAACGACUGCCGCUACGCGCACCCCAUGGAAGCGGCCAUGGUGGACGGCAGCGAAAACUCGGUCAUCGUCUGCAUGGACUACAUCAAGGGCCGCUGCACCCGCGACAAGUGCAAGUACUUCCACCCGCCCGCUCACCUGCAGGCCCGGAUCAAGGCCGCCCAACACCAGGCCAGCCAGAACGCCGCCGCCAUGUCCUUGCCUCCAGGUUCGAUGCAGGCCCUCCCAAAGAGGCCCACCAUGGAGAAGAGCAACGGAGCGUCGGCUGCCGUCUUUAACCCCAGCAUGUUCCACUACCAGCAAGCCCUGGCCAACAUGCAGCUGCAGCAGCAGGCCUUCAUCCCCACAGGCCCAGUCUUCUGCAUGAGUCCCUCUGGAGGUGUUGGUACGUCCUUUGCCCCCACUCUGUGGCUAUUCAAACCCCCAGAGAGCCGCUGGGAGAGGAGGGAUUGGAGCAGUUGCAGGCAGCCCCACAGUCGCCUCCUAUCAAUGCCCGGACAUGCUGACCCCUCCGAGGUUCUGAGUGCCGACCCGGUUGACCUCCAGUGCAUUCCCAUGGAAACCUACUUCUGCCCCGUCCCCAAACUCUUUGUGGCCGCCCCCAUGACCCUAAGCCCAGUAGGCCUCAACCGAAACUCCAGUUAAUAUGCCAUCAGCCUGUUAGACGCCCUGUGCCCAAGAGCACAGCGCAAAAUGGAAUGCAGCAAACAUGUGCCUAAUCUAUAUGUUCCCCCGAUGGGGCCAUACAUUCACUUCCCCACUCUCCUAUCUCUGAAACAUUCACAUUGUGGAUUAAAAAAAAAAAAAAAAAAAAAACAUCGACAAAGGUUUUGUGAAAAAACUAUCACAGGCAAUACCUAAGUUUGGGCCCACAACUGUUAAAGGAAGCCAGCCAUGUUGAUGCAGAGAUAACUUUCCCCCGAAGCGAGGCGAUGUUGAGGCGGAGCUCCCCAGACCUUACAGCCAUACAGACACACAGAUGAUUGAUGGAUCUCACAGUGACCCAUGAGUGCACACUGGUGAGCGCAUUGGAGCCUCCUGCGCAGCCUGAGAGGGCCCAGGAGAAGCGAGCGAGCUUGUGGCACAGUCUCGUGAUGGCACAGCACACAGGCCUGACAGGCCGAGAGCAGAAAACAAGAUGGAUGUGAAGGGACCGUGUGCCUGUGUUCCAAGCUUUUCCAUUCUGAGAUGAGUCCCUGAGGCCUUUUUGUUUUUGUGGUGUUUUAGGUGAUGUUGGCUGUUUUUAUUUGGAAUUUUUACCUGUUUGUUGUUUUGGUUGCCCAAGAUGAAAUAAUGAUCCUGAAAGAGCAUUGACAUGUUUACAUUUCAAAAUGGCUGUAGAACACCUCUUCUUUUUGAUACUGUUUCUUGGUAAUGUUUUGUUUUUAAUCAUAUUUCCAUUAGGCUAUGAUUGUAAGUACUUAUUCCAAAACAGCAUCCAGGGCAGACAGCCAGGAGGUAGGAAGGCUUCAUUUUUGUGAAUUUGUUUGUGCCUUUGGGUGAUGAGCUCUAAAUGAAUGGGCUGAUAUCUUCUGUCUCUCCCUUUUAGUAUUGUCAUGGAUUAACUCAGACCCACAAUGCACGUGAUGAUUGGGAAUACAACUGCAGUUGUGUGGGUACAAAAGGAUCAGGCUGGAGGGUUUGUCCAUGUACUUGUGUAGUUGUAAGCUAUAGAAACACAGGACUGCAUGUUGUAGCAAUUGGCUGCAUAGGGUGCAUUCCUGUGUGUCGUGACACAAGCCUCCCGGCAAAUUGUCAUCAAUGCUCGUAAUGAAGUAUUUAAUAAUGGUUGAUCUGAAAUGAUUGUCUAAUACUAUGUGGUCUUUUGUGUAUGUGCAAUUCCAAAUUUAAUGAAAGAAUGUUCUUCGGCAAUGAGUUACAGAUGAUACAUCCAUAGUUAUUGGACAGAACUAUAAUGUGGCAGACACAUUGGAACAGAUAUGUCUUGGAAUGUCGCUCAUACCUUUUAACUGCCUUAAGCAGCUAAGUAUCAAUGUCUAAGUAUGUCUUAACUAUGUGUAAAAUCAGUGUUUCUAGAUUCCAGCAUUGCAGACUAAUUCUGUAUGGAUUAUAUUAUUCAGGUAGCUGAAUAUCUCCUCUUGUUUUAAAAUAUGAAUAUAGAAAUGUGCCCCUUGCAUCCCGUCUAAGGGCAUAAGGUUGAUUGAGCUGCACUGUCCAUUUGUCUUUUUCCUCUCGCAGUCUUGAGUGCGUCUGUCCCCUGACUGUAUGCAGUGGACGAGCCUUUUUUUCUCGGGGCAGAGCCAUCUCUGCCGUGUGCCAUGUCCCCUGAUGCCCUGGAGAGUCGCAAUCUGUUUGUCCCCACCGCUUCGCUCUGGCAGCGCGUAAUAUGCCAUUUUGAGCCCCUGAUUGUGUGACCACAAAACAAGAGGUUUGAGCAGAGCUGCCCUUCCUAAUUUAAGAUAGAAUGUACUGUAGAGAUUACGCACACCUCUGUGACCAGAAAGGUGGGUUAGAUGCCUGGUGUCAGCGUAUAGGACAAAAGAUCUGCAUUCUCCCAGGUGUUUGGUUCCCUGAUGCCUGUAAUUUUAUUGCAUUUUAGUUAUUAAUAUCCCAAAAAACAAGCAGUUAACAGUGCAGUUGCCAACAGGAGCGCCAUUUUGAACCCGUUCAUUUAUUAAACUACUUUUAGCUCAGUACUCCUAACACUGCACAAAUAAAGCCUAACAUUAUUGUAAACUAGACACGUUUGGUAUAGGAUAAGGUGGACAGUCACUCUGAAUCACUUGUUGCACUUAGUGUGAUGGGAUGUUUGGUAAAUUUGCCACCUCUGAGUGUCUCAUCUCAUCUUGUUGAACAGGAUCUUAGAUGUUGUGAGAGAUUGUCAGAAUGAUAUGGGUUUUUGAUCACAGUAACACCCUCUUGUUCAGCUUGUGUGAGAGUACUUGCACUCAUCUAUGGAUAGAGGCAUUGUUAUAGGCCUAUCCCCUGUGUUGCUAAUAGGCUAGGUGAUGUCCAAAACAUGGCAGUGUGUGGCUUGUUUCUUGAGAGGUACCGUUAGUUGAUUUUAGAAUCAGGUUGAAUUUGUUAUUGUCUAUUUGGUGCUUUUGGGGAUUUUUUUUAAAGAGCAGUUGGUUUCAUUAACAUUGGUGUGUCCUUGCUUUCAAGUCACUGGACUCUAAACAGCAGUAGGACAUUUUAGGGAGUGAAUCAGUGUGCAAGUGAAAGAGAUGGACCCAGCAUGUGGUUCAAAUGGCUUUGCUAACAAAGGUUGACUCCUAGAAUGACAUCCAGAAAGGGCCUUAUCUGCAUAUUUGAAUGUGACAUUUAGGACAAAUAGAAUGUCAGAUGAGAUUGAGAAAGAAGGCAUUUUGUUUGGGGGGGGGUGCUAAAAUGGCUGGACACUGCAUCUCUGUAAGACCGUGGCCCUGUUGCGCCUGUGAAUGCAUGUGAAUGUGAAUUUGCUAUGAGCAGCAAAUAGGUCCCAUGUAAUCAUUAUACCUAGUGUGUUAUUGUGAAUGGAAGUGGAUAGACAACUAGGAAUAGAAGAAAGGGGCUUGAGCAUAUUGUAGCUGAUUAGAGGGUAACAAAAUCAAAACCACAGAAAGGCAAUUUACUGUGUCAUGAGUAUCUGGUAGAUUAUGUGUGUCUAAAAAUUAUUUUGGUAAAAUAUGUGAAAUCUGCAUUAUAUAUUAUAAGUCUAAUAUGUUUUCGUCUUUAAAGUAACUGUUCAAAAAGAUGUUCAGAAAUGUUGUCAUUUAAAAACAAAUUAUCUCAUUUCAGUUACUAAAAUUCGGAAGCUUAUUACUAUGUACUUCAAAUGCAUUUAGUUGGAUCUUAAUGUCCUGCCAAGCUGUGGGAUUCUCCUCUCUCUCCUUCACUGUUCCCACUCGCUUGCCCUCUCUCUCUCUCAGUGAGAAUUAUGCCUUCUCCAACUGCUGUCCAGCUGGAAUUAACAAAAUACUUGAUUAAAGAAACAAACAAAAAAAAAAUAAUGUGCCUCGUUGGGGGGGCUUAAAGUUUUAAGUACACUUACCUUUUUAAGAAGUGUGUUACUUGUACAAGAUUCAGUAGUUAUCUAGAGAAUGAUUUAGUGUAAAUAUGAGAGAUAGAUUUUUUUUCAUGUUUUCCCAUGUGUUUCUCACAGUGGUAUUUUUGUUACAUUCUGUCUUAAUUAUUAGCCAAGAAUCAGUCUGUUUUUAGACAAUGAAUUGUUAGUGAAAUUUAUGUCAUUUUAUGUCAUUUAAAAUCUUCUUUCAUCAUCAUAAAAAUUCUCAUUGCAUGACUGAGAUAUAACCCAAUUCAUGAAUAGUUUAUGUAGACUGUAGUGUAAGAGAAUCAGAAUUAAGAAAUAUAUCAACAUAAAUAUAUACAUUUGUAUGUAUACAAUGAUAGAGUCAUUGUUACUUAUGAUAGUAAGUUGUUGUUGCUAUGGCAACAAAACUACAACAUGGCUACCUUUGUAUAUCUUAAUUGUGAAUUUUUUCACACAUAAACUGAAAUAAUGUACAACGUUAACUUAUUCAGAAAGGAAAUGUGUAGUCUGGGAUUUAGUGAUUGAAUAUUUUGUAAGUAAAAAAAGGUGAAAACAAUAUCCAAAGGCCCUCUGGGGAGAUCAUAUGUUAUUUGUUUUGGUUUGGGGUUUUCUAAUUAUUUUAUGUUCUGAUGGGGUGUUGAUCUGUUUUCAAAGUGGGAGUUUUAGUAUGCAGCAUCUGAGCUUUUGAAUUGAUGGGUUGGAUCGAGGGAAGAGAGACUUGUUUCAUUUUAUGUCAAAGAGAUGGAAAUGUUUCCAUAAUAGUAAUCACAUAAGUAAUCACACUGAGCAUAUCUCACUAUACUUGGCCAUUUACUGUGGACAGGACAGCUGUCACUGUCAGUGCCUGUUGUGGUUGUCUGAAUGCAUAUCCCAUUGUCAGGUCUCCUUCUCCCCUUUGAUCCAUCCAGUCUGGGCCCAGCUGUGCUGGGAGCCAGUGGCACUGGCUGUGAUGCCGUCAGUGUACGAAUGUGUGAUAUUCACCUUGAUUGCACUUAUGUACAUAAGUCAAAAUACUCAGAAUUUAUUUUGAAUAUACAUAGAUAUAUAUAGCAAAUUGAUAUAAUUCAACUGACUAUAUCGGUCGGAAUACAGGUAAACAGUGGUCAUUUUAAUAGGCUGUAAAAGAGAUAGAUGCUGUUCUGGGUUUUGAGGGAUUUGUCUUUUGUUCUGUUUGCUAUUGCCCUUUUACUGUUCAAAGCAUGGUUUUCUCACUGAAAAAAGGGAUGUAUGGAUACACUUGUAUCAAAGAAGCUUUGUAGAUUGUCAUAGCUUACAACAGAACAUUGUGCGCAAUGUGCCCUAAACUAAAUCUGAUUCUGGAGGUGUUUGGAAAAGGGAUUGUAAAACUAAACUCUUUCAGACUAGGGGCCACUUGUGUCCAGACAUCAGAAACCAAAGAGCCACCUGUUACUGUCUCGCUGUGUUCUCUGAACACGACCCAGUGAUAAGUUUUGUUUUUGUGAGUAGGCCUAGUUUUUCUGAAGUUGACAAGGUGAACUAACAUAUCUGCCAUACUGAAGACCUGUAAAUCAAGGCCUAUGAUUGGAUUGCUAAUCUUGGUCUGCCCCCUGCAGGCUAAAAUUGGAACAUACAGUAUAAUAGGUACUUGGGAUCAGAUGAUGCUGUGGGCUCAUUGCGACAAACACACAAACAGUGAACUUGAGUUAUUGUCUUUUGUACAGGGGGUUGAAUUCUUUUUAACAUUUUAUUUUACAUUACUUAAUGUUUUAUUGUUUUCAUGACAACUCUCCACAAAAUAUAACAGUGGAUUUGCCAUCGGCUUUCAACCAACCAAUUCAAUAUCAACAACAGUCACACAAGAACUACACAUCCAGAAAAAAGGCUCUGCUAGUGCUUAACGUGUACAUUUAAUGUUUUUCAAUUGCUUUGGAAGCCAAUAAAUUUUGUUGCCAUGGCACUUGUCCUAGAAUUGGAGGAGGGGCUGAGUCUGUUGGUUGCGAUGUGUCAGUGCACCAUUGGGUCAAGUAGAAAUGGUGCAAGGCCUUUUGGCCUUUUGUUAAAUUGCAGACAGAACAGAUUUUCAGACAAAUUGAAGCACCUGCUUAAAUCACUUCCAUCACUGUGCUUCAUUAAUAGACAAAAAAGCAUCGCCCCCAGUAGCAUGUCCUCUUGUGCCUAAGCUCUGAACAGAGAACACACUCUAAAUGAAGAAAGUUGUUACUUUUCUACUCCUGGUAGGGCCCUAAAGAGUAACACCCUAAAGAUCCUUUGCAGAGUUUCUGAAGCACCCAGAAACAGUCAUUUUAGCUCUGCCGACAAAUUCAAAUAAAUUCUCUUAGAGACAUUGCUCAACUGUCCAUACAGGUUUUGUCCCUUUAAAUGUAUUCUUUGGGAAUAGCCGUAACUUGCAGUCAAGCUGAACAAAGCUGAGAAUGUCCACAUUGCCUUUAAGCCAUACAUAACAGGCUCCCCUCUCCUCCACUUUAGGACACAGUGAAACUGAAUGCUUUUACUCUUACUGUUAAAUGCUUCUCUUUCUAUUUAGCUUGUCGUACUUGUAUGUGCUAAACAACUGUGCUUCAUGCCAAUCUCUUUUGCUAUGAAUAAGUAUCUAGAUAUAUGCAUACAUUACUUCUGAUGUUUUUGUUGGACGUUUUAAUAAAGCACUUAUGGCAA